GCCACAUGUAGGGAGGAACCAUCUGGGCCAGCGGGAGCGGGGGAGGAUAGGUUGAGUGAGCAAGAGCAGGGUUAGGACCAGGACCAGGACCACAGGGGCUUGGAAGCCUGGCAACUGGCUGGCCACAUGCAUGGUGAGGCCGGGAGGCGCUCUGCAAGCGUAGCCCGGAGGCUGCAGUGGGGCCUGGCAGCUUGCACAGGAUUGCACCCCUCCUCUUUUAGUGGACUUUGCAGCAGCCUGGAGAAUCCCCGCCAAACCCCGUUCUCACCCAACUCCCCCUACUAGCCUUUGUCACUGGAGUUAUGAUCUGGGGACUGGAAGCGGAAAUCUAGGGACCUGGGUAUUGCCAGACGAGAACUCGGAACGCAGGGACCGGACGGCUCCAGGCAGAGAUCUUGCCCUUCGCCAUCUCAGCUACUCCAGGCCUCUUGGGAUUGCGCUCCUUGGGCCCUGGGCCCCAUGGCGGAUAAGAAACUGGUGGUGGUUUUUGGAGCCACAGGUGCCCAAGGUGGCUCAGUGGCACGCACAUUGCUGGAAGAUGGGACAUUCAGGGUACGAGUGGUAACAAGGAACCCAGAGCAGAGAGCAGCCCAAGAGCUGAAGCUGCAAGGUGCUGAAGUAGUACAAGGAGACCAGAAUGACGAUGCUAGCAUGGAGCUGGCACUAACAGGAGCCCAUGCCACCUUCAUUGUGACCAAUUACUGGGAGCAUUGCAGCCAGGACCGAGAAGUUAAGCAGGGCAAGCUUCUAGCAGAUUUAGCCAAACGCUUGGGCCUCCAUUAUGUCGUCUACAGUGGCCUGGAGAACAUCAGGAAGCUGACGGCAGGAAGGCUGGCAGCAGGCCACUUUGAUGGCAAAGGGGAGGUGGAGGAAUAUUUCCGAGACAUCGGUGUUCCCAUGACCAGUGUGCGGCUGCCUUGCUAUUUUGAGAACCUCCUUUCCUAUUUCCUGCCCCAGAAAGCUGCAGAUGGAAAGAGCUACUUGCUGGACUUGCCCAUGGGUGAUGUCCCCAUGGAUGGAAUGGCAGUGAGUGACCUGGGCCCCGUGGUGCUCAGCUUGCUGAAGAAGCCAGAGGAGUAUGUAGGGCAGAACAUCGGGCUCAGCACCUGCAAGCACACAGCAGAGGAGUAUGCUGCACUGCUCACCAGGCACAUUGGCAAGACUGUACAUCACGCAAAGACAACUCCUGAGGACUACGAGAGGCUUGGCUUCCUGGGGGCCCGAGACUUGGCCAACAUGUUCCGUUUCUAUGCCCUGAAACCUGACCGGAACAUUGAUCUAACCCUGCAACUCAACCCCAAGGCCCAGACAUUGGACCAGUGGUUGGAGCAGCACAAAGGGGACUUUGCACAGCUGUGACCUUGAACCCUCAUCUGGGGAAUGAGAUGUACAAUCAUCUUUUCUUUUGUGAUUUUGGGUUUUUCCCCAAAUAAACCAUGUUCACACAGACGGUUUCCCACAAGAAAAGGCCUCUGUUUGUGGGAAGUUAGUUGGAGUGGCAGCUGCAUGAAAAUGCCCUGAUGGCAUGGGAACACUAGUAGGAGGCACCAAGUAGGCACAAGGGCUUGUUUGGUAUCUUUAAAGUAACGAAGUUACUCCACCUUUAACCCUGAGCAGUGUGGGCACAUGAUCCACAGGGAAUCUCAGUGGAACCUCAGCCAGCCACCAGCAGCAAUGUUUUGACAUCCCGGCAGGCAGGGCUGGAGGCCCUGAGACCACCUGUGCAUUUGUUCUGAAUGAGGACAGACAACUAAUAGAGAAGUCCUGGACCUUUGUCCUUUUCUCUCUCUUCACCAGAGCUCUGGACAGAUGUAGCCAAGCUAGAAAUAACCUUGGAGCUAGGGAGCUGGCCCAGUGAAGUGCUUGCUGCGCAAGCAUGAGGUCCUGAGUUUGAUUCCUGGCAGCCACUUAUAGAAACAGGCAGGUGUGGAUCUAUAAUAGAAGGAAGUCUCUGGAGCUCACUAGUCUUGACUUGAACCAGUGAGGGCCAGACCUACCUCACAAAGUCAGGUGGGGAGUGAUGAGAGGAGGGCAUCCAACAUCAGUUUCUGGCCUUCAUGUUUACAUAGGCGUGUUCACCUGUACAGGUGUGUAACAUGUACACAUGCAUACAAACACACCCAUACAGAAAGAACCAGCGUGGCAGAGCUGUGGACCACUGUGGAGAUGAGGCAAUGUUGCCUGUGGCUAAGACCAACAUGAUAGGUCUGCUUACCUCUGAGCCCUUCAGAGGAAGCCAUGGUAAGUCUGAGAAUUCACAGCUGGGUAUGGUUAGUCUAACAACUGACACAUCAUCUUUUUAUUGUCCUUCCCUGACAUCAGACUCUUCUAUCAGGGAAAGGAGCAGUGAUCCCAUCAAAUGCAUUUCUCCCAGACUCUUGACUGAAGCAUGUCUUUGGCAAUUUACUGUGUCACACCUUAAAAUAUGGGGUAAGCAGAUGAGUUAUACUGUCUGUCUGCCUUGAGGAAACUUUUUUUUUUUUUGAGACAGGGUUUCUGUGUAGCCCUGGCUGUCCUGGAACUUGCUCUUUAGACCAGGCUGGCCUCAAGCUCAGAGAUCUACCUGUUUCUGCCUCUCCAGUACUGGGACUAAAAGUAUACACCACUACCACCUCUUGUGCAAAAUAGUGCUUAGCACUUUGCUAUCCUAUAUUUUAUCUGCCACACCAAGCCAAAAUCCUGCUAAUCUCCACGUGCCUUCCAGUGGGAACACCCUAAAUUUCAAAUGAAGCUGAAUGGAAAGCCACACACUGCUCUUCAGGUUGUUCUGUGUGUCAGAAAUUACCUGCACUGCACACAAAACACCUUGUGUUACAAGCCAUUUCACCAAAAUAAGACAGUAAUGUUCACCUCUUCAUUUUCCCAUCUCCUGCUAUAGCUAAAUGUCGAGACAUAGACUCUUCUUCCACUCUGAGUACCUGGCACUAAGUUACUCUCUGCAGACAUCUGCAAACCUUGGGCUGUAUUCUUGUGGUGGCCACAAGCAGUGCAGGAAACCCCCUGCAAUCCCAGGAAGUAAGGUGUCAAGGACCCAACAGAGGGGACAACCAGUCCUCCUCUACAGUCUAAUGCAGCCUGCUGGACUUAAACCAUGUUGCUAAGAUUGGCCUUGAAUUUCUGCUUCCAUCUCCCAUGGUGCUCCAAUUCCAGCUCAGAGGCCACAAAGAAGUCUAGAAACAAAUGCCUCAGGAGCUAUGUGUAGAAAUAAGCCCACUUACACCUGGAGCUGAGACUUCACUCUAAUGCUGCCUAGCUACCUUUUAUCCACGUAAGGGUCUCCAGCAAAUCAACAAUGAUGCCCUAGCCAAAGAAUCACCUUCCUCUUCCAAGUCUCUUCCUAGCCCCUGAGACCUGACUGAUUUCUUCAGAAAGAAACCUGCACCUUCCUGAGAAGACUGUCUAGCCCCAUUAUUGUUGCAUCCCACCCGGUGUCUAGUGUGGUACCACACCUAUGCUGCAUGCCCACAGCAGGCAGCCAAUAAACAUUUUACUGCAAAAAAUACUGGUAGGUAUUCAAGUUAACAGAAUGUUACUCUUGAGUCUUUUCCACUCACCAGCUCUCCCCCAAACUCUUCCCCCCCCAGCCCAGUAAAUCCUUCCAUAUCUUUCUCUGCUCAUCUCAAAAGCUGUUAAGGCUUUGCUGGAACCCUGGACUAGUUAAAAUACAAUAAACAAAACAUACAUGUUUUGAGACAGAGUUUUGGUUAGAAUUUGCCAAGAAGACCUGGCUACCCCUGCCUCCAACUUCUGGGAUUGAAGGCAUACACCACCAUACCCAGACAGCAAUAAGCA